AUGUUGCGCGUGCGCAUGAUGUCCUCGGGCCUGGAAGUGGCAUCGCUUUCUGCGGAAGACUUCGAGGACGGGACCGAGACAUCGGGAGGCAUCUCGGUGCGCCGUCUGAAAGUGUAUCUGUCGACGCUGACUGGGCAACCACGCUUCCGACAGCGGCUGCUGCAAAGCGGCAGCAUCUUGCACGACGACACGCAGCUUACUCUUCCAAUGGACUUGAGCUUGGUGCUCUUGUCAUUGUGCACCCCCGAAGCUGAGAAGCAAAGUGAGAUCCACCGCGCGAUUGUCGACGACGACGGCGCGGCGAUGGAUUCCCUUCUCCAGCACCCCUUCGACCCCAACCUCCCAGUGGUCGAAGAUGUUCCUUGUCUCUGUUUGGCGGCUGAGCAUGGGUCUCUGAAGUCGGGUCAGCUGCUCUUCGAAGCAAAAGCCGACGUUGGAGGUGGUGCCACUUCCUGGAUGCCACCGCUUCACAGCGCGAGUCGACGAGGCCACGGUGACUUCGUGCGGUGGCUGCUGGAGUCACGUGCUGAUGUAGGCCAGACAUUUACAGAUGGAGCCGCCAGAAUCACGACCACAGCCCUGCAUGUCGCUUGUGCGCGUGGCCACCUGGAUGUUCUGCAGGCCUUGAUAGAUGCAGGUGCCAACGUCAAUAUGCUGCCAACAGGCAGUAGCAGCCUGCGGCCCAUGAUGAUUGCGUGUGCUGGAGGCCAGAUUGAGGCAGCCCGGCUAUUGCUCCAGGCGCGCGCAGAGGUCGACUGCUCUUCGGCAGAUGGUACCACACCCCUCCUGUGCGCCUGUGAGAGGAAGAAGCUUGAUAUGGUGGACUUUUUGCUGGCAGCUGGCGUGGACAUGGAGAAAGCCACAUUUUCUGACCUCUUCCCACUGGCUGUCGCUUCAAUUCUGGGGCAUGAUGAAAUCGUGCGCUCGCUGGUUGCCGCUGGAGCGAACAUCGCUCGGCGCUGGCGGAGUCCAGAUGGGAUGCUACCCUUGCACAUCGCCUGCUCCAGCGGGCACCAGGAGACAGCUCGUGUCCUGAUCCAGGCCCAAGCCGACUUGAAUGUCAAAGCAAGUGGGAGCACACCACUUGACAUGGCCAACGCAUUUGGGCAUCAUGACGUCGCAGCUGUGAUCAUGGAGGCCAUGGCAGAUCUGCCACGGCCCAAGCGGAGGAGGACGAAAGGCCCUCCGUAG